UCCGCGGCCUGAGCCGCCGCCAUGCCCUCGGCCAAACAAAGGGGCUCCAAGGGCGGCCACGGCGCCGCGAGCCCCGCGGAGAAGGGCGCCCACCCGUCGGGCGGCGCGGAUGACGUGGCGAGGAAGCCGCCGCCGGCGCCGCAGCAGCCGCCGCCGCCCGCGCCGCAGCCGCCGCCGCCGCAGCAGCAGCACCCGCCGCAGCAUCCGCAGAACCAGGCGCACGGCAAGGGCGGCCACCGCGGCGGCGGCCGGUCCUCCUCCUCCGCGGCCGCCGCCGCCGCCGCCGCCGCCUCCUCGGCGUCCUGCUCGCGCCGGCUCGGCCGCGCGCUCAACUUUCUCUUCUACCUCGCCCUGGUGGCGGCGGCCGCCUUCUCGGGCUGGUGUGUCCACCACGUCCUGGAGGAGGUCCAGCAGGUCCGGCGCAGCCACCAGGACUUCUCCCGGCAAAGGGAGGAGCUGGGCCAGGGCUUGCAGGGCGUCGAGCAGAAGGUGCAGUCUCUGCAGGCCACAUUUGGGACUUUUGAGUCUAUCCUGAGAAGCUCCCAACACAAACAGGACGUCACAGAGAAAGCCGUGAAGCAAGGGGAGAGCGAGAUGAACCGCAUCAGCGAAGUCCUGCAGAAGCUGCAGAACGAGAUCCUCAAGGACCUCUCGGACGGCAUCCACGUGGUGAGGGACGCCCGCGAGCGGGACUUCUCGUCCCUGGAGAACACGGUGGAGGAGCGGCUCACGGAGCUCACCAAGUCCAUCAACGACAACAUCGCCAUCUUCACCGAGGUCCAGAAGAGGAGCCAGAAGGAGAUCAACGACGUGAAGGCCAAGGUCGCCUCUCUGGAGGAGUCCGAGGGGUACAAGCAGGAUCUAAAAGCCGUGAAGGCCGCGGUGAAGGAAAUGCAGGCCUCGGCCGAGUCCAGGGAGAGGGACGUGGAGGCCCUGAGGAGCUCCCUGCAGGCCGUGGAGGCCGAUGUCUACACGGAGGUCCGGGAGCUGGUGAGCCUCAAGCAGGAGCAGCAGGCGUUCAAGGAGGCCGCCGACAAGGAGCGCCUGGCCCUGCAGGCCCUCACCGAGAAGCUUCUGCAGUCUGAGGAGUCUGUGUCCCACCUGCCCGAGGAGGUGAGGAGGCUCGAGGAGGAGCUGCACCAGCUCAAGGCUGAUUCCCGCCGGCCCGAGGAAAAUGGAGUCUUCGGAAGCUCGGAUGCCUUGGAAGCGCUCCGGGAGAAGAGUCAGGGCCUGGACUCCAGGCUGCAGACCGUGGAGGACGGAGUCCACGCUGUGCAGGCGGCUGCCGAGCACCAGACUGAGAGCCUGGAGUUGCUCCUGUCCAAGAGCCAGGAGCACGAGCAGCGCCUGGCUGCGCUGCAGCAGCGCCUGGAAGGCCUGGGGGCCUCCCCGGAGGCUGACAAGGACGGCCUGGCCAGCACCGUGAGGAGCCUGGGGGAGGCCCAGCUGGCGCUCUACACAGAUGUGGAGGAGCUGAAGAGGAGCGUGGGCGAGCUCCCCAGCACCGUGGAGUCGCUCCAGAAGGUGCAGGAGGAGGUGCACACCCUGCUCGGGCAGGACCGCCCCCAGGCCGCCCCGCUGCCCCCGCAGGACGUCCUGGACAGACUCUCUUCUCUCGACAACCUGAAGGCCUCCGUGAGCCAAGUGGAGUCGGACUUGAAAAUGCUCAGGACUGCCGUGGACAGCUUGGUGGCGUACUCGGUCAAAAUCGAAGACAACGAGUUGAACGUGCGCUCGGCCAAGGGCUUGCUGGAUGACCUGAGGAAAGACGUGGAUAGGUUGUUUGUGCUGGUUGAAAAGAUCUAUGAGAAGAUCUAAGGAGUUGUGUGUGGAGGCUGCGGAUUUUAAGUCCAGUUUCUCAUGACCAAAAAAAAAAAAAAAAAAAGUUGUUUUCUCCCCAGGGCCGCCUUCCUCAGUUUCGUGUCCCCUCUCAAAGAGCAGGUAGAUGCCACCUGAACACGACGGCAUUGCGUUCCUGUGCCCAGUUAAUUUAUUUGCAGUUAUUCCCCCAUACUGUUGAUUUCUUACGUUUUCUGCUUCUGCCUUUGGUGGGUGUCCUGAAGGCCCAGCCCCACGCCUAGCAGGUGGUGCUUAGAAGGGACGUCCCUGACAUCCUAGACAGGUGAUAAUGGCUCCAGCUGAGGGCUAACAGAAGCAGGUCAACUCCAGCCGCUCAAGGCCUGAUGUCAAGUUAAACGCGUGGGGGAUGGGAGGGGCCUUUUCUCUCUGAUUGUCUCUAAGGAAACUUCAUUUCACUUUUUUUUUAAAAAAAAAUAUGUUUGGCCAGAGUUUUCAUGAGACACCUCUCACUUGUCUUCCACUUUAACCUGGUUAAAACUCAGAUGUCAGCUCUGAGUCGGGAGGGGCUGCUUGAGGGGUGCCUGCUGCUCACGGGUGUCCUUCCCGUCGUGGAAUCACCUAGCGAUCUCAAAGGUAACUAUGCAAAGAAUCCAGACGGUUCUGAACGUGAAGUGCAACACCCAGCGCAGUCCUCAGUGCCCCUCUGUCCCCACCCACAGGGGUCAGCCCUUAGGAAGGGUGCCAGGAGUGCCUAGGUGUAGAAUCCCAGAAAGGGACGUGUUGUGGGUUCUUUCAGGAAGUGGGUUAUGCGAGCUGUCCACCAAGGAAGGGGAUGUCUGCUUGGAGAAUGUAGGCCAGAGCGUUGUAUUUGAACAUGAUGUCCACGUUGAGGUGUGCUGUCAGUGCAGGCCCAUCUGCUGGUGGGGUGUGUGCACUGCGAUUCUGUAGUUGUUGGCUGUGUCCCUCCCCCUUUGACCCGUAUUGUUCUUUAAUGGCUGUCUUGCCCUUCAAAAAGAAAAAAGAAAAAAAAAAAAAAAAAACACUGAAAAGGAAAAGGAAAAAAAAAAACCAGUUUGUUUAGUUUACUGUGAAAUGAACUGUAUGGCUUAUUUACAGUAUUUUUAAUUCUUAAUAAACACUUGAGCUUUGUUAUGA